ACCUGGCCACUACUACUUCUUAUUAAAAACUAAUCCAUGUUUUUUUUUUCUAAAUAAAAGCAUUUAGUUUAUGGAAUAAAGUAAACAAACAAAUUACGACAGGCUGUGAGAGUAUACAAUUUUAUUAUAUAUUUUUGUACACAUUACAUACGUUCUAACCAUAAACAAUAAUGUUUGAGUAUUUGUUUUGUUUUUAUUAACAAUUAAUUUUUAUUUUAGCAAUUUCGUUGUUUCUGACCAAUUGUCCCAAUCCCAAAUUGCCGAAAAUCCCUCUUUAUAAAUUAUUAAACCCAUUUUCUCUUUGUUUCUCACUUUCAUUCAUUCAUUCACACACACACACACAACGACAACAGAAGAAAAAAAAAGAAAAGAUGGGAGCUUGUGCCACUAAGCCGAAGGGUAUGAAGGCGGAGUCCGGCGAGGCUCCGGAGGAGUUGCCGGCCGAAACCAAACCGGAUCAUGUCGGUGAUGAAAAGGCGAAGGAGAUCGUGGUCGACGAUGACAAGAAAGAAGGUAAUAAGGAGAAGACAGAAGGUGCAGAUCCACCGGAGAAGCAAGCGACCAACCCACCGGAAACUGAAAAGCAAAUAGACCCACUACCGGAGGAGAAGCCGUCCGAAAACAACCCACCGGAGCCAGCAGUUUCGGACUCUGUUACAGAAAACAACACUGUAAUCUCAUCAGAGAAAUUAAUGGAAACCCCAAAUGAGGAAAACAAAGAAAUUGACCCGAAAAAUGAAGACAAGAUCAAAGUGGAAGUUACCACUGAAAAUGAUGUUCCUCCGGAGAAGACAGAGUCAUCGGAGAAACCAACUGAAACAGAGAAAGAAGUGAAGGUAAUUAAUUAAUAAAUAAUUUUCAAAACAAAAAUCCCUUCAUUAGUUAAUUACGCUGAGGAACCAAUAUCCAAAUUGUUUCAUUUUCGUCUUCCUUUUUUCCUUUUAGGUAUGUUAUGAAUUAUGGGGAAAAAUACAUACCUUCAUCUUUA